UUUCUUUAUUCACUCUCAAAAUAAUCUUUGCCUCGUUAGUUCAUUCAUGGUAUCAAGAGCCCUUGACUCAAGUCAACAAUGGAAGAUUCUUCAAACCCUACUCCAACGAAUGCUCCUGCAACAAAUUCUACAACAAAUGCUACUGCUCAAUCUUCCACUGCUCUAAAUGUGUGGAACCCCUUUUCCGAUUCUCUCAAUUCCUCUCUUACGCUCAAACUGGAUCGUCUGGAUUUCUUGGCCUGGAAAUCUCAAGUGAUUCCCAUUGUAAUUGGUCAUGGACUCGAUGAAAUUCUUCUCACCAAUUCCUUACCUCCGAUGAAGCUUGUUGAUGACUCUCUCAAUUCUGAAUUUACCGUCUGGAAAAAAAGACCAAUUACUCUUAUCAUGACUUCGUUCGUCAAUGUCUGAAGAAAUUCUCAAGUCAAUCGAAAGCGCGAUUGCUGCAACUCAAAGCUCAACUGUCAAGUAUUCAUAAAGGUAAUAUUGCAAUUUCUGAUUAUAUUGACAAAGUAAAAGUUAUUUGUGAUAGUUUGGUUAUAGCUGGGUGUUAUAUGGAUGAUCAAGAUGUGGUAUUGCUUCUGCUAAAUGGUCUUGGACCCGAGUUUGAUCCUAUGGUUUCGGGUAUUACGUCUCGCAGCGAUACUCUUUCUCUUGAAGAAAUUCAAGCUUUACUCAUGUCUCAUGAGAGUCGUCUUGAAAGGCAUCACACUAUGGGUGAACUUUCCAUGAAAAUGGCUGUUGAUCUUUCUCUUACCCCUUUUCUACAGUUCAACAAUGGUGGAUAUAGGUCUUCAGGAAACUUUGGUAGAGGUGGGAGUACUGAUUCAGGUUCAAGAUCCUAUGGUCGAGGCUAUGCUCGUGGGGCCCUGCCUUUCAAUCGGUUACUUUGUCAAGUUUGCUUACAGUUUGGACACUCUGUUGUUGUUUUUCACUACUGUUUUGACAAGAACUUCAUCACUCCCAAAUAUGGAAGUUCUCAACCUAAGGCAUAUUUGAUCGAGCAAGAAUUUGAAUAUGAACCCCAUGCUCAUGAUACCACCUCUAUUUUAUGAUUUUGGUGACGAUAAUGUUUGGUAUGUUGAUACCGGCGCUACCAAUCAUGUUGCAUUUGGUAUGGAAAAUCUUGACUUAGUUGUUCCCUAUAUGGUUGUGAAACUCAUGCUGUUGGGAAUGAUAAGAAACUUCAAAUCUCUC